GCCUGUGGGUCCUGAGCGCUCCGGACGCCGGCCCCGCGCGGGCCCCGCCGCCUCCUCGGCCCGCUCCCGUACUGGAGGGAAGAGCGGCCUUGGGGAGGAGGAAAGAGGACGUGGGGGUGGCCACGGCUGGGUUAACCUCCAUUUCAGCUAAUCAUGGGAGAGAUUAAAGUCUCUCCUGAUUAUAACUGGUUUAGAAGCACAGUCCCCCUUAAAAAGAUUAUCGUGGAUGAUGACGACAGUAAGAUCUGGUCACUCUAUGAUGCAGGUCCCAGAAAUAUCAGGUGUCCUCUCAUAUUUCUGCCCCCCGUCAGCGGCACUGCAGAUGUAUUUUUCCGGCAGAUUUUGGCUUUGACUGGAUGGGGUUACCGGGUGAUAGCUUUGCAAUAUCCAGUUUAUUGGGACCAUCUUGAAUUCUGUGAUGGAUUCAGAAAGCUUUUAGACCAUUUACAACUGGAUAAAGUUCAUCUUUUUGGGGCUUCUUUGGGAGGCUUUUUGGCCCAGAAAUUUGCUGAAUAUACUCACAAAUCUCCCAGAGUCCAUUCCCUCAUUCUCUGCAAUUCCUUCAGUGACACCUCCAUCUUUAACCAAACUUGGACUGCAAACAGCUUUUGGCUGAUGCCAUCAUUUAUGCUCAAAAAAAUAGUUCUUGGAAACUUUUCAUCUGGCCCAGUGGACCCUGUGAUGGCUGAUGCUAUUGAUUUCAUGGUGGACAGGCUGGAAAGUUUGGGUCAGAGCGAACUGGCUUCGAGACUUACCCUGAAUUGUCAAAAUUCUUAUGUGGAACCUCAUAAAAUUCGGGACAUUCCUGUAACCAUUAUGGAUGUAUUUGACCAGAGUGCACUUUCAACUGAAGCUAAAGAAGAAAUGUACAAACUGUAUCCUAAUGCGCGGAGGGCUCACCUUAAAACAGGAGGCAAUUUCCCAUACUUGUGCAGAAGUGCAGAGGUGAACCUUUAUGUACAGAUACAUUUGCUGCAAUUCCAUGGAACCAAAUACGCAGCCAUCGACCCGUCGAUGGUCAGUGCAGAGGAACUCGAGGUGCAGAAAGGCAACCUGGGCCUCAGUCAGGAGGAGCAGUAGCCGGGGCUUUGGCUGGCGAUGACAGGGAUCCAGCCAGUUCCUGUACAAUCAGUGACGUCGGUGCCCGCCAGGGGGCCCCUCUGCUCAGUUGUUGGGCUAUCACUGUUUGGAAGUAGGACUGAUUGUCACCUUCGUGACAGGCAGCAGCUCUUCUAAGCCAGUGUAACUGUUCCCUCUUCGGUUUUUUUAGCUUUUGAAUUUGAAGAAGUACUUUUGAAGACUCCCAUUUUAAGAAUUGUGAACAUUUUGCUACCAAAAGUCUUCACCCUUGUGUCCUUAUGUGAAUGUUAAUUUCUGAGGUUUGGGAUUUUGGGGGAAUUUUUUUCCUUGUCUUUUUUUCUUUCUUCCUUUCUUUUUAUGUUAUUUGCUAUAAAUACCGCACAUCCAGAUUGUGUGUCAGAAGGACAUUGAUUAUUUGUAUGCUAUCUUGGUUAUAACCGUUACCAGAGUACCAAGGCUCUUGUCACAUUGUUUGCUCUCCUGCAGGUCAACUACUUCAAAUUUCCAGUUAUGUAAAUUGUUUUGAGUUUUCGCUGUUAUCUUUCUAGGCAUUACAGUCAUUUGGAAUAAAAAUUCAAUUUCAGUGA